GCCUCAGAGCACCAGAGAGCGCGCAACAGAAUUUCCCGAAGCACCUGCUCAGUCCACAAUUCCAAUCCAGUCGGUGUCAGACAUAACAAUGCUAUGAAAACUAACGAUAGAGCCAAAUUACCAUUUCGUGAGUGUUAAAACCUACAUUCGGUUACAAGUCGUUUACGUGACAAGUCCUGUCGAGGGAAAGUGCCAGAGGGUUUUAUCGAAUUCCACCCUCCCGUUUCGCUCCGUCCUUCUGUUCCGCAGCAAUUGGUCGAUUUUUUUUCUUUUUUUCCCACGUCAGUCCACAGGAUGAAAUGAGGUGAAGGAAGGAGAGAGAGAAGUAGAAGGGGGAUGAAUAGCCGAAGGGAUGGGUGAAUAACGACGCAAGAAACACCCAGCCCCAGUUUUAGUCUGGACUGAUUGACGGAAUAGUUGACUGAGAGAGGCUGAAACAAACCAGGGAGACAGACACUCUGGGGAUUGAGAGGAUCCGUGGGAAAUAGGAGCGUUGAGGAUUUGAUGAUUUGUGCAGAAGGAGCAUCACAGUUGUAAGGAUGCUGAUUGUAGGACUCCCAAUAAGGACGUGGUGUCCUCUGCUCUUCCUGGUGUUGGCUGUACAUUUCCCAGCCCCUGCCCAGGGUCAAGUUCCAGCUCCCAGAAGAUUACGUUUUAAAGUGUUGGCUACCAGCAAAUUACAUGUGUCUUGGAAAGAGCCGAAAGGGAAUGUCGACGGCUACAGAGUUUUAUACCACAGUGAACCAGGCGAAGAGAAGAAGGAGCUGCGGGUUUCCAAGGGGGAUAAUAAAGUGGUGAUACAGGACUUUGAUGCCAUGAAGGAGUACCACGUCAGGGUUCUGGCUGUGAGAGGGAACCAGCAGAGCAGAGCACUACAAGGGAAGUAUGCAGCUGAAGACCUGGAGGGUGAGGGAGGAGAGGGUGAGAGCACAAUGCCUCUGAGACUUGAUGACACCAGAGGCACUGAGGAGAUCAACGAGAUAUCUGGAGGUAAGACUGACUGGAUGGAUACCUGGUCUGACUGGCUGGCUGGCUGUUUAGCUAGAUGGCUGGUGGUCUGGCUGGUUGCCUGGUUUGGCUGGCUGUCACUAGACUGUUAA